CUGACAUUAUCAACAGACAGGAUCAUGAAACAGACAAAGAUCAUCCUUAUUGGGAAAACAGGAGAUGGCAAAAGCAGUACAGGGAAUACAAUUCUCAGGAAAAAAGUAUUUACCCCUAAAGCUUCAGCUAACACUGUUACAACUGAAUCUGUUGCAAGGGAUGGGAUGGUCGAAGGAAGAAAAAUCAGAGUGAUUGACACACCUGGAUUCUUUGACACAGAUUGUGAUGAUAUGAAGAUAAAAUCUGAAAUCGUGAAAGCUCUGAUUGAAUGCUCCCCAGGCAUUGAUGCCUUUGUCCUGGUCCUAAAGGUCGGAAGAUACACAAGACAUGAAAACGAGGUGUUUCAGCAAUUUCUCAACACACUGAAAGAAGACGCUUUAAAACACACAGUGAUCUUGUUCACAUUUGGUGAGCAACUAGAAGGCCAAACCAUUAAAGAAUUUGUGAAGGCCAACUCACAACUACAGAAGCUAGUUGAUAAAUGUGGAGGUCGCUGUCACGUCAUUGACAACAAAUACUGGAAUAACUGUCAUUCAGGAGACAACAGCAACAGGGUUCAGGUUAAAAAUCUGAUGGAGACCAUCGACAAGAUGGUGGAAGACAAUGGCUGUUACAGCAAUGAGCUGCUUCAGAUGGUGGAGGAAGAAAUUCGAGAGGAGAUGAAGAUAAAUGAGGACAACUUGCCUCAAGAAGAGAAACGAGAAAAAGCAAAGGAAAUUGUUCAUAAAAAAAUAAUGGAGCAAGUUGCAGGAGCAGCAACAGGAGUGCUGAUUGGUGCUCUUCUGGGCUUAGGUGUUGCAUUAGUUAGGGGCCAAGCACCGAAGGUGCGGUGGCACCUAUUGUAUCCGUUAGCGUAUUCUUCUUCUUCCGCCGCAAGUCUAUGGCAGCCCAUAGAACCGCUUGCGGGAAAGUUGUAUAAUUUUGCACACUGAUAGAGGACAGUCCCAACAUUAACCAUAGCAAGUUUGGAGUCUCUAACUCAAACUCUCUAGCGCCACCACUUGUCCAAACUUUCAAAAGAUUUAUGCUAAUAACGUUUGAACCGUAAGCCACACAACAAAAAUUCUUUUUUCCUCUGAUUCCUUGGCUUAUGCCGAGUCGAAUGGACACCAAAAUUCAAAAAUCGUAAGGUUUAGUUUUUUCGCUAUUCUCAAUUGUUCGUAAAACCUACUUUUUCGAACUCGUCCUAGGCCGUUGCACCGAUUGUCACAGAAAUUGAUCCAGAUCAUCUUCAGACCACGCUGGCAAAAAGUUAUGGAAUUCAAGUCGAUUCGUCCAGCCGUUCACGAAUAACACGCGAAAGAAUUCUACGAAAAGCUAGCAAAAAUCAAUGUGAGGCUAUAUCUCCGUAACAGUUUGGCAUAUUGACACCAAACUUGGUGUGUGUUAUAACAAGCAUGACCUGAGCCUACCUGCAGUGUUUCGGUGCAGUGCCCCCUAGUGGUCAGGAGAUACGAAAAAUGGCUAUUUUUCUUUAUAACGUCUGAAUGAUUUGUCCAAAAAUCACAAAACUGGUCUCUUUAGAUUCGGUGUGUCAUACCGAGUCGAACCAUAUCCAAUUUUCCCAUGUCAGCCAUUUUGGGUGUCGGCCAUUUUGAAUUUAGCUUUAAAAUGCUGUAUCUUGAGAACGGAUUAGCGUAUCGUUUCGACAUUAAUUACAAAAAUGUUCGGCACCAUGCCCUGAAUGUACAUAAAAAUUUUGGGGCCAGCGCCACCUUGUGGUCAAAAAUUAUGACGAAAUUUCAAAAAAUGCUAAUAACUUUUGCGUACAUUAGCCUAUUGAAAUGAAACUGAUUUUGAUAGAUUCCUUCGGUCAUGCUGAGAACACCGAUACCAAUUUUGCCAAUUUUGGCUGAACUUCCUGUCCGCCAUUUUGAUUCAUGUUAAAAACCUACUUUUUCGAACUCCUCCUAGACCGUUAGCCCAAUUUUCACCAAAUUUGACUCAGAUCGUCUUCAGACCAUGCUGACAAAAAGUUAUGGAUUUUGUGUCGAUACACGAAACCGUUUUCGUUUAGCGCAUCAACGAAUUUACUGGAAAGAUGCCAAAUUGCAUCCGAGUCUGUAUCUCUGCAAAGCUUUGACAUAUUGACACCAAAUUUUAUAUGUGCUAUUGUCACCACACUCUGACCAAGCCACAUCAAUUUGGUAACAGUGCCACCUAUGGGUCAGAAGUAAUACGCCAUUCACUAAACAUUAAUAAUGAAAUUUACAAAAAUGCUAAUAACUUCUGUUUACAUUAGCCUAUUGGAAUGAAACUGAUGCCAAUAGAUUCCUUGGGUCAAGUCGAGAACAUUGAUACCCAUUAUGCCGAAAUUGGCCAAACUUCCUGUCCGCCAUUUUGAUUAAUGUACAAAACCUACUUUUUCGAACUUCUCCCAGACUGUUAGUCCGAUCUUCACCAAAUUUGACUCAGAUCAUCUUCAGACUAUGCUGGCAAAAAGUUAUGAAUUUCGUGUCGAUAUACGAAACCGUUUUCGUUUAGCGCAUCAACAAAUUUGCUGGAAAGAUGCCAAACUACAUCUGAGGCUGUAUCUCUGCAAAGCUUUGACAUAAUGACGGCAAACUUUGUGUGUGUCAUUGUCAUUUCACACAGAACACGUCACAUCAAUUUGAAAACAGCACCACCUGUUGGUCAAAAGUGAUAAGCCAUUAAAUUUUAUUACGAUUGGUUGUAUUUAUGAUUUUUCAGCCAUUUCAACUGAUAUUAUCCUAAAAUGGCUUAAGUUACUCACUGUUGUAGUCGGUCUGCUGCUCCUUGCCGUGUUUAACUCCUCAUUCUGCCUCUUUUGUGCUUGGCCCCGCAAUUGCUGCUUGCAGCUAUAUUUUCAAUUGUGACUGUAUUACGACAAGUUUGUCCUUUGAAGGCACUGAUGAAAGCCAAGAUAGCAGCUGCAGUUGAGGGUGCAGGAGGAUUAUUUGUUGCAGAAAAAGCUGUUGAAACUGUGGUUGCAGGACGAGCAGCGGCUGGAGGUGCCAGAGCAGCAGCGGAUGCAGGUACGAUCACUGUAGGUGUUUUCGGAGCUGCAGCUCUUGCAGGAGCUGUUGGAGGAGGAAUCACUGGAUGGAAAGUGGCAGAAGACGCUGAUUCAGUGAAUGAUGCCAUGAAGGAGGCAGCAACCGCAUGCUAUGAGAAUGCAAAAACUGCAGUUGAGGAAAUACAAAAAUCUGUUGCACUUGCUUUGAAUACAAAAAUAUAAAUACAUUUUGACAAGAGUAGUUUUGUUUAUCUCAUGCUUCACUAACUAUAGCGUGAAAUCAAAGUUUACUUAGAUUCAUAUUUCAUAUUAGGUGAUAAAUAUUUGAUUUUUGGAUUUAGGCUUGAGAAUUAAAUUUCGGUUCAUUUCAAUGUUCACUUUCCUCUGGUAGCAUAUAGAUGGCCUGGGUUUCUUUUGAAGCCAUUAGUUCAAAUCGUUACCUGGAUCUUUGUCUUUUCUUCCUCAAGUUAACAGAGAUACUAAUAUGUGUGAAAUUGUCUCUAGUAUAUGUGUCAAAGUGUAUAUAAUUAUUGCUGUGUAGCAGAGGAUUUUAAAAAUGUUGUAAAAUAA